AUGCGGGUUUAUUUGGCUUAUCAAAAUAGUUUCUUUGAGAAGUCAAAGACUGUAACAAGGAGAAAGGCAUGUCUUUCAACACAACGUCAAACCAAGAAGAAAGUUGUUCCAACAAUAUCUCCUCCAAAAACAAAGAGACAAUCUUCAUCCAAAUACCGAGGUGUUCGUUUAAGGCCAUGGGGAAAAUGGGCUGCUGAGAUUCGUAAUCCUUAUACAAAUGUUAGAUUUUGGUUGGGAACUUACGAUACCGCCGAAGAUGCUUCUCAAGCUUGUGAAUCUAAAAGGCUUCAAUUUAAACUCGAUCAUGAGGCAGAUAUAGCAAAAAUAUGCUUCGAUAAAAGUUCUUCUACAACCCCUCUAGUUGCAACAUUGAACAAGAACUCUUAUGUAGAUGAUGAUGUUGCCAAUGCUUUAGUGUCAGAGAAAUGUUCAACUGCUAAAGAAUAUGAGAGCUUGUUCUCACAAAUAUCACCUUCUUCCGUGCUUGAGUUGGAUACCUUAGCAUCCAAUCCGAUUGAGAAGGUUGAUGUUCCAUCAAACAAUGAAGUUGUUGUUGUUGUUGAUGAAGCGAGUGAAAUGCUGACUUGUCAACUUCAAGAGCUAGAAAUUCCAAAUCAGAGUGUUUGUAACUUUCCCGAACCAGUUGCUGUUGAGAAUCCAAUUGGGAUUGAUCCCAAUCUUGGUUUGGGAUUGGAUUUUGCUCGGUUUAACAUUGAUGAUUUUGGACCAGAUUUUGAAGAAUUUGGCGACAUAGGUGACUUCGAGGAUAUUCAAGUUCAUGGUUUUGAUGACAAUGAACCUAGUGAGCUUCCUGAUUUUGAUUUUGGUGAUAUUGGUGAUGAUGAUGAAUUUGCUGGUUGGAUUAAAGAGCCCUUCCAACACAAUAUAUGUUAUCUCUAA